AUGUUUCGAAUUACAUGCGGUAAAGGUGUGAUCCUUUUGUUGCUGCUAUUGGUGGGUUUCGUUCUUGCUGCCGAGGAGAAGGCAGCUAAACCCACUGAAAGUAAAAAAGUUAUCGACACCAAAGAUGUUAAGAAAACAGCUACAGAACCAAAGAAAAGCAGAACCGGAAAGCGGGAUUCAUCGGAUCAAGAGGGUUCAUUUGCAACGAAUCCCAAUGAUGAACCAUUUCGGCCAAUGAUUGCUCGCAGCAAUGCCGACAUCUAUGAAGCUGCAGCUGCAACGCAUAAGGCAACGUUCUACGAUAAAAACCAGCUGACGACGAAAACGACUCCGGCUAAUGACGGAGGUGGCAACAAUGUCCAACAAAAGCGGCAACAUCAGAAACAGCAACAGCAGCAACAUCAACAGUUCUCGGCCCACGAUGCCAUAGCAACAACGGCCACAAAGGAUGCGACAAUAAAUCGUCAAGCCACAGCUGCUCCGGGUGCAGCUUAUCAGAGACCCUACAGUCAAGUGGCAGUGGCCUAUCAACAGCCACAGGAGCAGCAGCCAUCAUUAGUGACACAGCAUAAACAGAUUGUCCGGGUAGUUGGUAAAAAUAAUGGCCAGCAACAAAAGGAUAUUCAGUAUGUGGCAGCUCCACCGCCUCAUUCCGCUCCUCAUCCGCAUCAGCAUAAUGGGCCACCGGUUGCUGCAUUUAAUUAUGAACGUUUACCUUUGCAAUAUUUGCAACAACAACUGCAGCAGCAUCUGAUUGAGCGUGGGCCAGGUCAUCAGCGUCCUCAGCAGGUACAAUACAUUAUAGCCAUACCGAUGUCAUAUUUGCGUCAAUUGCAGCAACAACAACAGCAGCAGCAACAACAGCAUCACCAGCAAUCUCAUUUGCCACAACAAAACAAUGGCCAUCAACAACAGUCGAUUCCACAGUUGCAUGCUUUUGCCAUACAACCAGGCUAUAGCAUAGCAGCGGGUCCUUUAGCCCGUGAUCACCAGGGUACUUAUCGUCCUGUUCAUCGCUUUUCACCGACAGCCAUCAAUAAUGUUCAGCAAAUAAACGCUGGCGGACAGCAUCAGGCGACACACCACUCGGCAUCAGCUCCUGCUCCUCCCGGCUAUAUAACACAAUAUAUACAGGUGCCUGCCAGUGCUCUGCUGGCCGCAGCACAGGCAGCUCAAGUUUAUCAACGUCCAGCAUCAAGCCAUUCUCCAGCAUCGCCAGCUCCAGCGUCAACACCACAACAAGUUGUCUAUCAACAUCAACCAGCGCAACAGCAACAACAGGAACCCAUACUGCAACAGCAGCCCCAAUACUACUACUAUCCCCAGCAACAACAUCAGCAUCAACCCCCACAACAAUUGAAGCCAGCCCCUCCUGCACCAUCCCAUGCUGCAUCGUCACCACCACUCGCUCCAGCAUCACCACCACUUUAUGCAUAUCAAAUUCAAGAACAACAACCUACCCAGCAAUAUGAACAGCAUCAGCAAGCGCCCUCACCUGUGCAAUAUCAGGUGCAACAUUUACAGCCGGAGCAGCAACAGCAAUUGAAUGUGGUGGGUAAACAACCGGAUCAAGCACUGUAUCGACAACCCCACCAACACCAGCAUCACCCACAUGGUCAACAAGAAUCUGCACAAGUGGUGGCCGUACCUCAAGAGUUGGCCCAAAAGACUUUAGCACCACCGCCACCACCACCGCCAGCGGCACCUGUCGUACCCGAGCAUUCCUAUGAGCCAGUGGUGCACUACAAUCCGCAAUAUCUGGUGCAAUAUGAGCAACCUCAGCACCAACAAAAGCACCAUCUUAAAUACCAGCAACAACCUCAAUUGCAACUCCAACAUGUGCACAUUAAUCCUUCGCAUUUGACCUCUAACCCCCCAACCCAUGCACUCAGUCCCCAGCCCCAUCGUUUUCAAUUGCAAGCAGCACCAUCACAGCCACAACCCCCACCGCCCUCUCCCACAGUAGCGCAACAGCAAACAACAAUUGUAGACAAUUUAAAUAACUUACCAUAUUCACAGGCAACCAUACAAGGACCCACUCCGGUGCCAUUCACGCAUUUGGCACCACCAGCAUUGGGUGGUCCGACCCUGCACAUUGGCCCACCACCACCACCGCCAGCUGCUGCCAUGACUCCCUACUACCAUCAUCCGCUAUUGCCGAAUACGCUGCAACCUGCCUUUGCUCCAUUGGGAAUUCCCAGUAAAGUGACAUCAUUUACAAAUGUCUUGCUUCAGCCAUUUGCCCAUGGCCAUGGUCCGACGUAUCAAACAACACCGGAAAUUGGACCCAUAGGCAGCGCACUGCCGUAUUUUAAUCAUGCCGGUGGUAUACAGUACGGCUCUCAUCUCUACCAUCCACCCACAUCAGUCAGUGCCAUAGUAAACAAAGUUGCAGCGCCUGCGGUGGCAUCACCUGCAGCAGCAAUAAGAACAUCGGCCAAAGGAUCUUCGGCCACGGCAAAGGCACCGGGCACAGAUGGUAGCCGGACCAUAGUUAAGUAUCCAUAGGAGACUGCAAACAAACAAGCGAGCACGAGAGCCAGUCAGUCAGCAGUAACAGUAACGAUGACAACAUCAGCAGCUCCUAUCCUUGUUUGGAUGAUUCUCCACUCCCCUGCCCCCUCUACUUGGCAACCAUCAUGCAAGUGCAUAACGGUUUUAUGUGCUUGAUAAUUACUUAGUAUUAUUAAGUUUCCCAUUCAUUUCCAACUGGUCCGUUUUGGAACUUUGGCAUCAUUGUGUUUUAGCAGCUACUUUUUUCUGUUUAUCCCAUUGUAAGAGUCAUGACUUCCUAGUAUAAGCUGGCUGGCGUUAGCCUUGUCGUCCUUCACUACGACAACGACCAGCACACACGGAUGAAAAAUGCAAUUUUUUGGAAAAUAUUAUGGAGUGUCCAUUGCUUCAAACCUUCUUACUGAUUGAUUGAUCUUCUUAUUGAUUGAUAACAUAUACUAUAUUUAUAGGCAUAUUACUUGACUUUAUUACUAAAGAAAUUAAUUUUUAAAUGUGCUAUUGUUAAUUAGUUUUCUAUUAAUUAAUUAAUUGUUUGCAGAGGGUGUCCUUGAUUAUUUAUGUUUUUUAAUAAACAGUAAAUAUACCUACAUA